AACAUUUAUAACACAUUAAAAGCACAUUACCCUACUCAUCUCUUCUUUUAUCCGUUGUGUUGUGUGCACCUCAAACCCAACUCACUCUCUUUCUCUCUUUCUUUCUCAAUCAUCAGCUUUCUUGUUCUCACCAUCUCUCAUGAAAACCAUUUUACAACCCUUUACCUUUCAUACAUAAUAAUGCCUUCCCGGCCACAGCCGCCGCCACAGCCGCCUCCGGCGGCGAUCGUGCGGCACCGACUGAUGCUCGGCCCAUUGAUGGCCUGCGCUGCUGUGGGUGUUGUCAUCGCUGCCGCUACCGUGCUCAUCUUCGUCCUCUGCCGCCGACGAGCGUCCCGCCGACGAACGAAGCCGGUGGAGCCGAAGGCUUCUCCGCCUCCAACUCUCCAGAUGAUGACGACGACGACCGCGCUGAUGCGGUUUAGCUACUCGCAGCUGCGCCGAGCCACUGGGUCGUUCUCGCCGUCGCAUCGGCUCGGGCAGGGAGGGUUUGGCCCGGUGUUUCGCGGCGAGCUCUCGUCUGGGCAGGAGGUUGCUGUGAAGGUCAUGGACGCGGGGUCUCUUCAGGGUGAGCGUGAGUUCCAGAACGAGCUCUCUCUCGCUGAGAAGAUGAUGGCCAUGUCUGAUCGGUGCUGGAUUGUUCCUCCUCUGGGUUACUGCUAUUCCGAGGAAAAGCAGUCUCUAUGGCGGCGAUUCAAGAGAAAGGAUGACAACGACGACGAUGAAGAGCCGGCGCCGGUGCGCCGGAUCCUUUUGGUCUACGAUUUGAUGCAUAAUGGCAGCCUCCAGGACGCGUUGCUUGACAGGCGGUGCCCGGAGCUUGCCGAUUGGCACCGCCGUUUCUCCGUCGCCGUCGACAUCGCUCGUGGCCUUCAGUUUCUUCACUCCAUUUGUGACCCCCCUGUGAUCCAUGGAGACAUCAAGCCCAGCAACAUCCUCCUUGAUUCCAACCUCUCUGCUCGGAUCGCCGACUUCGGUCUCGCCCGAUUCAAGAACUCCGUCACCGACGAGCCUGCUGCUGUUGCUCCGCAGCUUGAUGAAGAGGACGUUGUUGAGAUUGAGGUUGAUGAUGAUGAUGAUGAUGAUGAUGAUGAUGUUGAUGAUGAGGGGGAGAUUGGAUCCAAGGCGGAGAAGAGCAAGAGGAUUGAUGAUGAUACGUCGGUGAUUACCAUCACGACGAUUAGCGUCGAUAAGUCGCCGGAGGAGUCGCCGGUGGAGACGACGGGAUUGGAAGCGGCGUCGACGUCGGAAGUAACGGGAUUUGAUCGGAUGAGCGUCGAUAGCGGAAGCCGGAGGAGUGGUCGGAAGAAGACCGGCAGCGUUCUCUCUGGCAAAGACUGGUGGUGGCGCCAGGACACCGGCGGCGCAAGUUCAGACGCCGGAAGCAGCAGCGUCAAGGACUAUGUCAUGGAGUGGAUCCGUACAGAGAUCAAGAAAGAACGCCCCAAAAGCGAUUGGAUAGCCGCCACGCCCACUGCCUCUUCAGAGGCUCCAAAGCCGAAACCGCUGGAGAAGAAGAAGCAUUCCAAGAGAUUAGAAUGGUGGGCUUCUCUCGACGAGGAGAGGAUCAAGAAGAAGGAGAAGAACCGGCCUGCUAGGGAAUGGUGGCGCGAGGAGUUCUGUGAGGAGCUCACUAACAAGCACAAGCGCAAGAUGCUUGCCAAAUCCUUCAGCAAUGUGGAAGCUGGUGAGCACCAAUGGUGGCAAAAGGAUGAAGAAACUACAACUAGAAAGAAGAAGAAGAAGAAAAAGAAUAAGAAGAAGAGCUGGAGCAGGUCAAGCAUGGAUGGUUGGAUUGAAGGCAACAAUGGUGAGGUGAGAAUUGCCGGGAGACGGAGCAGCAGAGAUUGGGCAAGUGUAGACAUUCCUCGGAGCGGCACAAUCAGUAGCACGCCAAGUAUGCGUGGUACUGUCUGCUAUGUUGCUCCGGAGUAUGGUGGUGGCGGUCCUCUGUCCGAAAAAUGCGACAUUUAUAGCUUUGGAGUUCUUUUACUUGUGCUCAUCUCUGGCCGGAGGCCAUUGCAAGUGACAGCCUCACCAAUGUCGGAGUUUGAGAGAGCUAAUCUUAUAUCAUGGGCUCGACACCUUGCUCAUUUAGGUAGACUUUUUGAUCUAGUUGAUCCAUUGCUUAGAGCUGUUGACAGGGACCAGGUGCUCGUUUGCAUUACCGUUGCACUUCUUUGCAUUCAAAGGUCUCCUGUUCGCCGGCCUUCUAGCAAGGAGAUUGUUGCCAUGCUUUCCGGCCAAUCAGAGCCUCCCAAUCUUCCAUUAGAGUUCUCACCAUCACCGCCUGGUGGGUUUACUUUCAACUUGCGGAAGCAGUAAACCAAGUGAGUUUUUUUCUUUAACUGUUUUCAUUUGUAGUCAUUUUAAUUAGUUCUUGUACAUCAAUUUUAACUUACAUUGCUUUCUGAAUGAUUGAUGUAUAAAGUUUUUCAGUUAUGUUCAAUUCAGCAGUAGGAGUUUCAUGAGUAAUGAGAAUUUAAUUUAGUCACAGCAGGAAAGUUCAUGUGUUUUUACUGGAUUUUCUGCUGGGUAGAAAAAGGCACAUUGCUUUUGUAUGCUCAUGUAGUAGACUUGCUCUCUCAACCUCAUUCUGAUAAUUGAAACUUUUCUAACGCUAGUUUGAUUAUGGCCCCCAUUUCUCCUAUUACUUUUUGUGUGAAUAUAUAUAUAUAUAUAUAUAUGUAAUGUUGAAAAUUAGAAAAGGCUCAGAGAUCCUGGCACUUAACUCCUUUUGGGAACAUUGGUGCCUUGUCCUGAUUCCAUGCAAGUGUUGCCACUGUCUUUUGGAUGAUAUCUUUAUGAUCUCAUAGCGUGGUGUUCAAACGAGAGAUAAUUGCUGGUUUUAGUCUAACUUUCAUAAGGGCAUGAUCUUGUCCCUAUUCUAGCUCAGCCUAUUGAAAAUAUUAUUUGUGUCAUGGUCCUGAUACCCUUUGUCACAGAAUCUUUGUCAAGUGGUGGGACUUGACAUUAUUUGAAACAUGUAAAGGUUGUGUACUGUACUCAAUAACAAAAGUUAGUUUGUUUUAUAUUGUUCACAUCCCGAGUCACUAUUUGAAUCUGUGCUUUAUUAGUUUUAGUCAUGUUAUGUCAGUGAUGUUUUUUCCUCAAUCUAUUGAACGAAUUGAAGCCUGUUUCUGGCGAAAUUUCUUCUGCUGACUUUGGUAUGUAGAAGAUAUACUCUUCAGGGUUGAUUUUACUUCUUGAGAACAUAUAUAAGAACUCUGUUAGGUCUGUUUGGGCGAUGUAUUCUUGAGGACGACUUCAGAUUGGAGGUAAGUUCAGGCAUAAUUUUGUCUUAACAUCUCAUAUGAUGAUGAUUUUACACAGCAUGAUUUACAUUCUAUUCUAUAUUUCUUUUCUUUCUUCGUUGAAUCAAUCUAUAUUCUGUUAUUUGAUAUCUCAGUCAAAAGUUAAAUUCAAAUUCUAACAUUCUUCUAAUGGCAAAUCUGGUCGGUGAUUUUCGACUAAGACGUUGCUUUCCUGAGAAAGCAUUCUUGUUGAUGCCUCUCUUAUCCUUCUUUCGGUGAGUCUUUUGUCGAUUCAUUUAGUUGAAGCAUACCUUCUAGUUGGACCUCAUUACAUUCUCAAAGAAAGAUCAGAAAGCUAUGACAAUUAAAUGAUUGUGUUUCGAUGUUUCCUCAGUCUCUACAAAUAUUUCUUGGAUUUGUCAGUGUUUUUCCUGCUUAGUUGUUUGACCAUUGUGAACCCAACAUCAUUCUAUUGGUUUAUAAUUCUUAUAUUAGUCAAUGCUCAUGAACAUCUGACUGAUAAUUUUAUUAUGUUUCUUCAAUUGAAAGUUAAAAACUUAAAUUAGGAAAUGUUAAAUGUCUAGCAAGUUGCAGGUUCUUUUUUCUCCCACCAGCCAACCAACCAUUCAAAAGGAAUUAAGGAAAAGGGACAGGUGGCUAAAUUAACUAUCAAAUUGGACUUUUUAUGAUCCUAUGUCAUUUUCCAAUUUAUAGGUUGUGAAUGCAAUUUACUUAAAUAGUUGAAGAAUAGUGAAAUUGAAAGGAAUUGGUUCUGGUUCUUUUGAUUGAACAUGUGAACAACCUAGCUUUUGUUUUGAUUCACACAGAAGGAACUUUCAUCU